AUGAAGCGGCAGAAAACCGAUCUUAAACGUAUCCUUCCGUCUCCUCCUCCUCCAAUCAUCAGCUAUCAUCUACACAUCACAUAUACUCUUUUCAAUCCAUCGGGCGUGAAAGAAGCACUGGAACUUCGGCAGCGCACACGUGAGCAAUUUCAAAAUUAUCUUGGUCCAGAUUGUCCGGGAAGGUACGAUUAUGGAUAUUUAUGCAUGAUCGUCGAUCAUGAUAUCGAAAAUACAACAUUGAUUGGUGGACCUUUCGUCAGUGGUGAGUGGUCUAUAUUUCUUCCACUUGGAUAUUAUGCGGUCGUCACUCCCUGGCUUCUACAAAACAGAGGCAACCUAUCUAUGCUCCUGCAUCCCAAUUCAGGCAUAUGGGCUAUGUGGGCUGGAGAACCAUGGCCUUUGGAUAUGUCUAUUUUCGAGAAAGAGACACAAACCAAUGAAUUUGGACACUAUCCUGGUGACCCGGACAAUCCAGUAUGCCUUCUCAAGGGUGCCGUAUGUGGCGAUGAUAAACUUAGUCCCUUUGCUCUGUGUUGCUAUGAACUGGCAUGCAAAGCUGCUGAAAUGAUUUCGAAUGGCGCCUCCAGCUUUACAGUUCAUCGAUGCGCUUGA